UAACCAAUCAACUACCGCUGAAUCAGAUGACACGUGGCAGAAACUCACGAUAAUCCUCCCAAAAAACACCGUGCACACUCCACUGUGAUUAAAAACCCUUUCUUAUUUUCGCUUCUUCAACCUUUAACUCUUCUUGGUUAAGUAAUUAAACUUCCAUCAUCAUCAGCUCUUUAAAGUCCACUCUUUUCUUCACAUUAAAGAGUGGAAUUUUUUUUAAAAAUAAAAAUAAAAAAUCACAUAAGUAUUCACUAUAGUUUGCAGGUUCACAGCUAUGGGUGGAGAUACAAAAUCCCUUAAUUCCCCUCUCAUCUAUUCCACUGAAGAAUCAUCUUUUGAACAAAAGUUCCCUGAAAAUCCACUAGGCUCGCCUACUUUUCUCAGUGGUGGUGAUUGUCUUGGUGCAAAAGGGGAGAAUGGAGAAGUUGGACUAGGUUCUGUGGAUUUGGAGGAAUUCGUUCGAGCUUCUUCAAAUAUGAUGGAGGAGGUUCAUAAAAAGCGGAUAAGGAAUGUAUAUAUGGAUGUCCUCAAGAGCUAUGAGGAACUGCAGUUCCAUAAGGACCAUUUGGAGGAAGCCAAAAAUAAAAUCUUAAGCUACACUCCUGGAUCACGAAUUGAGGAGGUGAGUGGCAUGAAAGUGAGUGAUUACAAUAUACCAAAAAAGACAACACUCUUGUUGAUUGGUCCGAGAGGAUCUGGAAAAAGCAGUCUUGUUAACAAGAUUUCCAGGCUAUUUGAUGAUGAUCCUUUUACACCAGAAAGAGCUCAAGUAUCAUAUUCUUCUAAUGGAGAUGGGACAUAUUUUCUCCAAGAGUAUGCGAUACCAAGAGGUUCAAGUUCUUUCUGUUUGUAUGACACACGUGGUUUGUCGGCUGAUUUGAGUGAAAAUAAGAAAAUGGUGAAGCGCUGGAUGAGAAAGGGGGUUUGUCAUGGGAAGCGAAUAACAAGGGAUUCUGAUGAUGCACAUCUGAAGUCUAAAGGACGAAAUAGAUACCGUGCCACUGAGACCAAUGUGGUUAAUUUUCUCAUAUUUGUUGUUAGUGGGGUCCAAAUUCUGCAAUUGAUGGACACUGAUGAUGAAACAAAGAGGCAACAAACUCAAGCUAUUGCUACAACUUUCAACAACCCUCUCUUGUCAUUCAAAGAUGAAAAGCCAGUUGUUGUGCUAACGCAUGGUGAUUUACUUUCACUUUCGGAUCGUACUCGCAUCCGCAUGUAUUUGGGACAGCUGCUGGGUAUCCAUCCGAAGAAACAAAUUUUUGACAUCCCAGAAAGUGAUGAUUUAGGAACUAGGUUCACUAUACUCAACAUGCUUUGCUAUUGUCUUGAGCACGCAGAUAAAAACCUACCCUUCAAAAGAAACCUACCUUACAAAAGCCCAUCUAGCAGCAAGGGUGUCUUGAAGUUGCUUGUAUCAUCUCUACUGAUACAUGCGGUUCUAGUAAUAAUUUUCGGAAUGGGGAUGAUCUUCAUGAAUACUCUCCAAGCCAAGGUUGCUUCUGUUCCCAAUUUACACGUAUCACAAUCACAUGGAGACAUAGAUUGCAAUGCAACUACUGUUGAUUCUGUGCCCGAUCUUCAGCCUGAGGAAUUGCAACCACAUGUAAACGUAGAUUGCCAUGCAAGUGGGGUUGAUUCUGUUCGCGAUCUCCAACCCGAGACCCCCCAAUCAGAUGUAAAUGUAGAUUGGCGUACAAUCCGACACUUAUGGUCAGAUGACUAAGUAUAUUGAUGAAGCUCGGAUGUAUCGAGGUUUAUGCAUUUUAUCUGUAGCUGUUAUGUUUCGGAAAUGCAUGCUUUUUAUGUGUAUAAACAGCAUAAGCUGUCUUACUCUCCUUAUAUAUAAGAACUUUCAGCAAUAAUUCUCCUGGAGAAGAAUGACAUUCUGUAGAGAAUCUUUGUAAAGCAUUACGAGCGUUAAGUAACUGCGCUGUUCUACUA